GACGGGAAGUGUAGUCCGGAAGUGGCCCUUAUCCAACAGAAUCACCUAGGAUUGGGACGAUUCCCACAAUGCACCGUGCUCCCGGUUCACCACGACUGCCCCGCGCUCUUCUGGGAUGUGGAGUCUCGAAACUUUCUCUAUCCUAAGACCUAUGGAGUGGGCCGGCCCAGAGGACUACAUUUCCCUGCGCAACCCCAUUCCCCAACAGCACCAGGCCCCGGCCGCCAUUUUGUUCCGCCCGAAGAACCCCUAAGAUGGCGGCGGGGGAGACGGUGAAGGUUGCAGUCGCCGCCUCCAGGCUUUAGUCCGCCGUUUCCCCGUCCCCCGGCGCCCGGCCCAUGGCCUGGCGGAGACCCGGACCAUGGACCUCCGCACCGCCGUGUACAACGCCGCUCGCGACGGCAAGCUGCAGCUGCUGCAGAAGCUGCUCAGCGGCCGGAGCCGGGAGGAGCUGGACGAGCUGACGGGUGAGGUGCCCGGCGGGGGGACGCCGCUGCUGAUCGCCGCCCGCUACGGCCACCUGGACGUGGUCGAGUACCUGGUGGACCGGUGCGGCGCGAGCGUGGAGGCGGGCGGGUCGGUCCACUUCGAUGGCGAGACCAUCGAGGGCGCGCCGCCCCUGUGGGCCGCCUCGGCAGCCGGCCACCUGGACGUGGUGCGGAGCCUGCUGCGCCGCGGGGCCUCAGUGAACCGCACCACGCGCACCAACUCCACGCCCCUGCGCGCCGCCUGCUUCGACGGGCACCUGGAGGUGGUGCGCUACCUGGUGGGUGAGCACCAGGCCGACCUGGAGGUGGCCAACCGGCACGGGCACACGUGCCUCAUGAUCUCCUGCUAUAAGGGCCACCGCGAGAUCGCCCGCUACCUGCUGGAGCAGGGCGCGCAGGUGAACCGGCGCAGCGCCAAAGGCAACACAGCCCUGCACGACUGCGCCGAGUCCGGCAGCCUGGAGAUCCUGCAGCUGCUGCUCGGGUGCAAUGCCCGCAUGGAACGCGACGGCUACGGCAUGACCCCGCUGCUGGCGGCCAGCGUGACGGGCCACACCAACAUCGUGGAGUACCUCAUCCAGGAGCAGCCUGCUGGGGAGGAAGCGCGGCCGGGGCUGUCCCUCGAAGGACCCUCCACCGGCCCGGUGUGUGCGCAACCCCAGGGCGCCCACUGCUGCAGCUCCUUCCCAGAGGAACCACUCAGUGGUGAAACUUACGAAAGUUGUUGCCCCACCAGCCGGGAAGCUGCGGUGGAAGCCUUGGAAUUGUUGGGAGCCACCUACGUGGAUAAGAAGCGGGACCUGCUUGGGGCCCUGAAACAUUGGAGGCGGGCUAUGGAGCUGCGUCACCAGGGGGGUGCCUAUCUGCCCAAACCAGAGCCCCCACAGCUGGUCCUGGCCUAUGACUAUUCCAGGGAGGUGAACACAGCAGAGGAAUUGGAAGCUCUUAUAACCGACCCGGAUGAGAUGCGCAUGCAGGCGCUGUUGAUCCGAGAGCGCAUUCUGGGUCCUUCUCAUCCAGACACUUCUUAUUAUAUCCGUUACAGGGGUGCAGUGUACGCUGACUCUGGCAAUUUUGAGCGCUGCAUCCGUUUGUGGAAGUAUGCCCUGGACAUGCAGCAGAACAACCUGGAGCCGCUGAGCCCCAUGACAGCCAGUAGCUUCCUCUCCUUUGCCGAACUCUUCUCUUAUGUGCUCCAGGACCGGGCGGCCAAGGGCAACUUGGGCACCCAGAUCGGCUUUGCAGACCUCAUGGGGGUGCUCUGCAAAGGGGUCCGGGAAGUGGAACGGGCCCUGCAGCUACCCAAAGAGCCUGGGGACUCCACGCAGUUCACCAAGGCUCUGGCCAUCAUUCUCCACCUGCUCUACCUGUUGGAGAAAGUGGAGUGCACACCGGAGCAGGAGCACUUGAAGCACCAGACCGUCUACCGGCUGCUGAAGUGUGCCCCCCGCGGCAAGAACGGCUUCACCCCUUUGCACAUGGCUGUGGACAAGGAGACCACAAAUGUGGGCCGAUACCCAGUGGGCAGGUUUCCCUCCCUCCAGGUGGUCAAGGUGCUGCUCGACUGCGGGGCUGACCCAGACAGCCGGGACUUUGACAACAACACCCCAUUGCACGUGGCAGCCCAGAACAACUGCCCGGGAAUCAUGAACGCCCUCAUCGAGGCUGGAGCCCACAUGGAUGCCACCAAUGCCUUCAAGAAAACAGCCUAUGAGCUGCUGGAUGAGAAGCUGCUCGCCAAGAGCACCAUUCAGCCCUUCAAUUAUCUCACCCUGCAGUGCCUUGCAGCCCGCGCCCUUGACAAGAACAAGAUCCCCUACAAAGGUUUCAUCCCGGAAGAGCUGGAGGCUUUCAUCGAGCUGCACUGACAGGGUUCCCAGGUGGGAGAAAGCAGAGGGUGUGGCCAACACCCUCACCUCUUGUUGAGCACUUCCGAUGGCACUAAAUGGGAGAAGGGCUGUUUUGCCUCCAGAGCAGCUGUUGGUGCUAGGAGCCAUCAGGAUCACGUGAUGCCCACACACCCACCCCGACUUGGGAAAAGACACAGCCUUCCGCCCCUCCUGUCUUCUUGGGUUUGGGGGCCUUUGCCUUCUCACCUAGCAUGGAGGGAUUGAAGCCAUUGCCUUCCUACCCUGCAGGAAACAAGGGAAGAAGCUGAGAAUUGGGUCUGGCCUCUCUUGGCCCCUCACGUGGCGGGGUAAAUCCAACCACAAGAUGCAGUGUUAGGACUGGAGACUCCCGAGGUUGGACAUUCAAGUCACAAGAAGCAAGACCACCUCUCAGUUCUUCCAGCUCAGUUGCACUCUGAUUCCUCCCUCGCUGCCAGUCACUGGCCUCGAGGGUGGGAGUCUUGCCCAGGGCAGUCUGCCACUUGCAUAGCUUUCAGUUGAUUGGUGUUCUGUUUAUUUAACCAGUGGGCAGGUCACGAGCGUUGCACAGGAGUCCUGAAGUUUUGCUGCCAUAAUUUUUCUUUUCCUUAAAUUGUCAGACUUGAUCAGUUACUUUCAUGCAGUGAGGGUUUUGCUGUGCCUGAGAUGGCCAGGGCCAUCAAGAAUGAGCUUUGUUGUGUGAAAAACUUGGCGAGGGGGCUAAAAAGUUAAUGGUGUUGAUCCCUAAUUCAGGAGUGACUGCAUUUCUUAAAAUUUCACUCGAUUGCCUUUGGCUUGGACCUGCUGACUCUCCACUCUCAUUAGAAAGAGAAGUUUUCUCCGAACAGCGCCUAAGGAGCAGGCGUGACGCCAGCGUCUGCUGCGCAGCAGCUAGCAUGGUCCCUUGGCGUUUAGUUUUUACAGUUUCUGAGUUAAAGCUGCAGGCCGCUUCAGCCUCUCAUACACGCCUGGGCUUCCCCGGUGGCUCCAGCCACUGUAGCUGCUCAAGGACCCAAAUCCAGGUCUUCCCGAGAAAAGCCCAAGCAGUCAACAGAUGAGCUACGUGAAUGUCAAGAACUAGUGGCCGGCUGAGGUGGGACUGAGUCUUGGCUUCCCGGCACCUGGGGUAUAAAGUGCCCGAGCUAGACAGCUGGCCUCCCUGAGGCUUCUGACCCUCCGAGCGCCUGGCAGGCAGCAGGAGAUUAGUCUUGGCCUCCUUGGAGAGCAGAGACUAGGGAGGGGAUGGGCGCAGCUGCCCCCACAGCUCAGGAGAGAAGACGCGUUGGGGGAGCGUUGUGACUCCUCAGCCUUUGGGAACCCAGAGGUCCCUGGACGGGGUCCCCUGCCCCUCCGUGGCAACCAGGUCCAGUUUGGAUUUGCAGUGUUAGUUAGGCUGGUAUUUAUUGGCAAGGCCACAUUUUACCUUCCGGCGAGAUGGGAAAACACAGUUCCGACCCUCCCAAAGCAUGGAAUAAAGCAAUGAGGCCAUUGACGCGCGUCUCGGGGCUGAUGUUUAAGUCGUUAAAAAGACGCCGUUGGAAGAGAGCGGCCCGGCGGUCCUUGGGGUAGGUUCUUGCUGGGGCAGGCCGUGUCUCCGUCCCCCAGCCGCCUGCUCUAGCCACAGGAGUUUCUGCUCGUGUGGUGGGGCCUUGUGGAAGGUUGUAUUUGGAAAGUGGCAUUUUACCGUUUUAAAAAUAAAGGUAAAAACCAAGCCCCUGCCUUCUGGUAGGGUUGCCGCAGAAAGGGCCUGUCUCGGCCCUCCUCAAAGGUGAGGAAGGUGAGGGGAAGCAGGCGACCCCUGACUGAGCCUUGCCUCACGUGAGACCCGGUGAGGGAGCCUGGCCCGGCCCUGGCCCCAGCAGCCUGUCCGUGAACUUGGCUUUCCUGGCGCUGGCUCCCCUCCCCGCUUCUGCCAUGGCACUCAUGGCUGCUGUUCUGGUCUUCUCCAGCCAGCAGAGCCCAGCCCACCUGAAAGCACCUGCCAUUAGUUGGUUCCCUGUGUUUCCUGAGCUCCUGCUGUGCCAAGCCUGCUCAGCUCCUGGGGCAGGAUGGAGCCAGCUGUUGAGGUCACUUACAGCCCAUGUUCUCACCUCCUGUGGUGGUGGGGGCUGGGCCUUGAGGACCCUCCCAGCAGUGCUGGGGCUUGGAAGGUUCCGUUUUCACUGGGGCCCAACAGUUCUGAACAGCCACACCCAAGGCCGCAUCCUGAGUAUGUCGUCGCCCUGAAGGAGUGGCUCCUGAGCUGGCGCUGCUCUCAGCAGGCGCCCGGGAGGCGCCUGGAUGGGCCACCUCGCUGCUCACAGCGGCCCUGUAGGGCAGGCCUUCGUGCUUUGCAGGUGGGGGAACCUGAGGUGAUUCAGAGUUGGUACAAAAGACUUGCAAUGAGGAAAACUGAUCGAGCCCAAAUGCUUUCUGAAAACGCAGACCUGAGCAUUGUGACUAGCUUGGACUUGCCACUGAAAGCUCUUCAAGCUCAGCUGGUUUCAGGUGAGGCUUCUUCCAGCUGUCAACAUACAAGUGACCUGCUUCCUUCGAGGGCCCCGGGGUGACAGGCAGCAGUAGGGAGAGGAUCUUCAUCCUAGUCAGCCUAAGGCGCGCUCCUGUGGGUCUGCUUGUCGCCCAGGAGUGGGGGUGUAGUUCAGCCUGCGCUGAGUCACCUUGGAGGGGACGGGGAGGCGGCCACCUCCCCAAAACCUGUAACCCAAGGGAAAUCGGGAUUGGCCCAAAGUGGGGCUAUCGAUGCUGUGGAGGAUGGCACGGGGGCCGCAAUAGUGCGGUCAUUGCCUGCCGCUCAUCAGGGGACGCGCGCACAGGCCCCGUGGCCUGCCCCACGGCCCCUGCCAGAUGACCACGGCUGUUGCCACCGCCGAGCAAACUUGCCCGAGCUCACCCAGCCAGGGGGUGUCAGGGUGGCAGCAGAAACCCGAGUUCGAGGUGUCCAAAGGUAUGCAACCCGCUCACGGCCACUCCCCUCCCUGCUUCCUGCCCCCACGGAACAAGGCUGCCUGGAGCUGUCUGCUAGGUUGAAGCCGCAGAGCUGGGGCGCUCUGAGGGUCUCGGCCCUCGCUGAGUGACCAGCGUCUUGAGCAAGUAAAGGAGCGGGUGAGUGAGCGAGUGCCUCAUGGGGAGUUGGGGCUGCCUCUGCUGGGGGCCGCAGCUGGGGUAACAGAGCAGUCCCUGAUGGCUUGGCCACCGGCAACCCGCCGCCCGCACCGGAUUCCAGAACUGUCAUCUGAGCGGUGUUUACAGGGCCCAAGGUUAAAGAUAGCGCAGCUUGGAACCACGUCAGCCCAGAAAGGCGAGAUGAGCAGCCCCUUGGACCACUGCACUCGGGGGCCCCACUGCAGCAGGGCGCGGCGCUGUGUCCCUGGGGAAAGGUGGGGUCGGGGUGUGGAUUCCUGCGGGCCAUUUGGUUAGGACUGGACAAGUGCUCGUCAUGCGUGUGCCAGGCGAGACCCUGCAGGGCUAGAAUGUCCCCGCCCCUGACCUGGGCACCUGUAUUUCCCAUAAGUCACAGAAGAGAUGCUGACUUGACUGUUGUAUGGGACGUUUGCGAUCCCCCAGUGCAGCCCGCUUCCUGCCCCGUGUCCUUGACGCCUGUGAAGCAGUGAGGGAGGGAUCAUGUGUCACCAACCCCCGGAUGCCUUCCUGGGUCACCAGGAGCACAGCCCCAGCUGUCUUGAACGUGCCCCUGGGGUCAUUGCUUCCCAGCCUUUAUCACCCGAACCCCUCUAAUUGCCUUUUCCUUGUUUUCUUGUUUAUUCAUUUUAUCCCCUUCCCUGGAACGUCACCUGCACAAGCUUGUUCCUGCUGUGUCCCCAGUGCUUUGAAGAGGACCUGCCGCACAGUAGUGUGUGUGGAGUGAAUAAGUGAUCUCUCGGGCUGUCAGGAGGCCUGCCUAGCCAGGGCAGUGAGAGAGUGACCCGUGGGGGGCAUGGGAGACGGGAGGCAGCUGGCACAGGACCGUUACACCCCGGUGGGCCUUUAGGCCUGCGGGCAGGUGCUACAGAAUUUCAAGCUAAGGAAAGAAGUGACCCUAUCUAAGCCUCCGGCUUGUGUCAGGGAAGAGAUUGGCAGGAGCCUGGGGUAGAUGGUGGAGACUGGGGGAUUACAGAGGUUUCCAGAUGAAUGUGGGGGAGUAAGAGCUGGAAUAGAAUGAAGCUGACAAUUGUAGCUCUUCGGGCUGGCAAGACGGAUGAUUUGGGGCUAGAGAAAGAAACAAGAGGUGUCAACACUGACCUAGGUUUUUGGAUGGAGCCAGUGGGGUUUUAACUGACCCAGGUUCAGUCAAAGUCACAGAAAAAGCUAGAAAGUAUUUUGAACUGAGCAUUCAGUAAUGCAAUGUGAAAGCGCUCAGUGCCACUGAAGCACUGCACGUGCCCUGAAUGUUCACACUGGAGCAGAGGAAAAGGGAAAAUCAGUGUGGAGCCUGCAGGCUGCGCCCGUGGGCCAAGCCCUCCUUGCAGAGUGUGCACGGCUCCCGGGGGCUGCUUCCACACGACAGACCGCUUGGCUCCCAAGGUCUGAAAUAGUUUCUGUUUAGCUCUUUGCGGACCAGGCGUGCCAACCCCUGCUCUAAAGUUUCACUUUAGGAAGUUAGAAAAAUAAGCACAAAUUAAACCCAAAGUAAGUGGAAGCAAGGAGAGAAUAAAAGUGUGGAAAUCAGUGACAUAGAAAUGGACAAUGGGUAAAAAUCAAAACUUAAAAAACAAAAAUCAAAAUUUAAAAGUAAUAAAAUUGAGUACAGCACAUGGGGGAUCAGGGCCCCCAACUUGCAGUUAAUCUUCUGGUUCAGCCCAGUCUCAUUCCAGAAGGAUCAUGGCGGCUGGGCCGUGUGGGGGGCGGCUGGGACAGAGGCCAUGCGGCCUUAGGCACACCACUGCCCCGCCACAGCCUCAGUUUUCUCACCCGUGAGUGGGGUCAUGGUACCAGCUGCUGCUAAUGAGGCAUGAAGGGGUAAAUGAGCCCGGAGAGGGGCUGAAGGACCCCAGGGGGAGCCUCAGGGCACACAGGAGAUUGGGCAAGACCCUCCCCCCCACCUCACCCCAGCUGUCAGCUCCUGGGGAAGAGAACAAUUUUAACUUCCCUUGGAAAUUGGAAACCCAGGCAGCCUCCCAGAACUAUAAAAAGUCAAGUGUCCACUGAGCAGGUUAAAAAUAAAAGAUCCCAACCCAGGGGCAUUUGGGGCUGGGAGGAGGCACUGCGGCGGGCUGGCAUGUGCUGUGUGACCUAAAGCGGGUGUCGGCCCACCUCGGGCUCCCCCGCCAGCAGUGUUAGACCGGAAGGUUUCCAAAGACCCAGUUUAUGAGGAUAUGCAAGGACCCUGCUGCUGCCAUCUGCAGAAGCCGUAAGUGGAAAGGAGGGGCUGUCGGUGCCACUUUGGCACUUUCGGGGUCGUAUCCCUCUGGACUCCUGGGAGGAACCCCAGCCUCAGCCACCAGCAGGGACAGCCUGGAACUGCUGGCAGAUGGCUCCCCCUCGUGGCGAUGAGUGCUCACGGCACCUUCCGAAUCUCCGCAAAUGAAAAGCACGUCCUCUUAGGUGUCUACUCUCCAGAAGACACCCGCCCUGUGUCCAGCUCCGCCACACCUGUCUUCCGGAGGCGCCAAGCUUCCUCCCACCAUCGGGGCUUUGCCUGGGGUGUACCCACGGCCUGUCUUACCCUAUUCUUUCUCCAGGAGGCCUCCUAGCCCCCACAGUGUGCCGCAGCACGCGGCACACCCAGGACCACCCCAGUUGCAAACACCUAAUCCUGUGUCUCUACCUGAGACCCAAGUCCCUGGCCUGCAGUAGGUACUCCAUGCAUACUGCUCCGUGAACAAAUAAACGAAUGAAGAAAUGAAUGGAACAUUCACCAGCAGGCAGGAAGCGAAUGUGCAGUCAAGAGGCUAUUUAAAGAAAAAGACUUGAGCAUUAAUUCAAACUCAUUUUUGGAGCACCUGCUGUGUGCCAGGCACUGGCAUCCGCCAGUGAAGUCAACAUAAAAAAUUCCCGUCCACAGGAAAGGCACACGGCAGUGAGCUUGUCUAAAAUGCUAAGUGUUACGGAAAAAUAAAGCAGAGUUGGGUGCUGUAAUAAAUGAAUUUUAAAUGGGGUGUUUAGGGAAGCCUCCAGUGAGAGCGUGACAUUUAAAGAAAGAUCUGUAGGAGGGGGCCUCCCCAGUGGUGCAGCGGUUGAAC